UCGAAAAUCGUGAAUGGUAUCUGGUAUUACUAUCUCAGCUCGCUGCCUUCGAAGGAGACAUAUCAUCCAUCAGACAGAUAUUAUGGUCUCAGUCCCACUGGUUUGGCGAGAGGUGGAUCAUUUGAAGACUAUGAAGGUCACAAUUUCUGGGACACAGAGAUGUGGAUUUAUCCAAAUAUUCUGCUUUUGUAUCCGGAGUACGCGAAGGCGUUGCUCCAAUAUAGGCUGGAGACUGCUUAUGUCGCCGCUGAAUUGGCCAAGAUCACGGGAAAUAAGGGAUACAGAUUUCCAUGGGAAAGCGCAUACACAGGAGGGGAAGUGACGCAGCCAUGUUGCCCGGAAGUGGCUGAAUUCGAGCAACACGUCACCGGAUGUAUUUCUUUCGCGGCGAGACAAUAUCUUGCUCUUACUAGGGACGAAUACUGGCUGAAGCAUGGAGGCUGUUCUAUAGUCACAAAUAUAGCCGAGUUCUGGGCUUCGCGUGCUGUCAUCAACUAUACAACUGGGCUUUAUGAUAUUUCAAACGUAAUGGGUCCAGACGAAGACCACAGCAAUGUAACAAAUUCGGUUUUUACUAACGUCGUCGCAGGAUAUUCUUUAUAUUUGGCUCAAUAUGUAGCGUGCCUUUGCCAAUCGUACUUUGAGGCGAAGAGCCCAGAUCGAUGGGCAGAUAUUGCCUGGAGCCUUUCCCUUCCUUACGAUCGAACCCUGGAUUAUCACCCGCAGUUCAGUGGUUACCACCGCGGUGACGUCAUUAAACAGGCCGAUGCUGUCCUUUUGGGAUAUCCUCUACAGUAUCCAAUGAAUGUAUCGACCCGAGCAAACGACCUCUCAUACUACGAGACCGUAACUCGAAGUACGGGACCAGCGAUGACGUGGAGUAUGCACGCGAUUGGGCAUCUUCAGUUAGAAGACAACUUGGGGGCGGCUUCGCUAUUCAAUAGAAGCUAUGAGCCCUACGUUAGAGAACCAUUUAAGGUAUGGAGUGAACUCCGUCGGCCGGAAGUGGGUGCGGUCAACUUCUUCACGGGAAUGGGAGGGUUUCUUCAGGCUUUAAUCUUUGGCUAUGCAGGCAUCAGUGUACACUUGGACAAGAUUACUAUUAAUAGACCUCAACUGCCUCCAGAAGCCACGAGGUUCAGGAUAAAAGGAAUUAAAUAUUUAGGCGCACACUUGUCAUUAGAUAUUAUGGUGGCAGGCACAACGCUAACUGUGACGUCAUUGGAUGAUAAAUGGCCCCUCACUAUGUUUAAUGGGAAAUAUAAUAUCACCCUUGUUCCGGGACUGACAGUUACAUUAAUGGGGCCUGGGCCAUUCACAAUACAUUCCACGCCGUGGAAGGAUUGCAAGCUACCUGCUGAUGUCAUUGGCGAAAACUAUUUAAGACCAAUAGGCUCAUAA